ACCGUAAUUAUAGUAAUGGCGGAGAAAAGUUGGACAAUAACAUCUUCACUUUCCAAAAACUUCGUUUAUUUAAGUUACAGUAGAUAGUUUUUUCUAUACGAGAUUUGUGUUUUAACGAAAAAAUAAUUUUACCUGUGGGCUCUAGUUUCUACAACCUCGAUUACUUACAUUUCCACAGUCUUGUAUAUAAUGUUUUGUAUUUUUUUAUCCUAGAAUUUUUCACAUAGAAGUUCUGAGAAAAAAACAAACUUUUACAAUAGCUCAUUCCUUGUUCCGUGAUGAAAAAUUGCCACCUUAGUGUAGAUAGAUAGCUAUGGCGAAUUUGAAUUUCACAAGGAACAUAGGAGGCAACAGCCUCGGUCGACCAGCUAGUGUUGGCUUUGGAAAUAGUUCUAUGUCUGGGCAUGUAACUCCAGUAUUUGGUCAGAGGGCCCCAUCUGACAGAAGAGGAAUACCUUCAAUGGGGACCACUGGCCAAAUGGGCAAUGUCAAUGCUUUAGGAGGUUAUAAUUCCUUCAACGCAGUGUUUGGCUCCGGUGAUGCAAAUACCCCAUCCCUGUUAGAUUUGAGUGAAUUUCCCUCUUUGACGAACAGGAGUUCUGGCGACAACGUACCGCAACCGAGUCCGAUGCCAGGAGCCAAACCCUACGUAGGCAUGGUGAAACAGCCCACGUCAGAAUCUAGUGAGUUCACCAUGUCAUCGGAAGAUUUCCCAGCACUACCAGGUACACAGAACCGAGAAGGUGCUUCACCGGGAGGCAGUACGGCGAUGGAUAAACAGAACAACGGUGGCGGCGGAGACGGAUCUAGUACGAGAGAGAACGAUAAAGGGAGUUCGAAGACAGGCAUCCAAACAUAUCCCGAUGGGAGGGUGACGAAUAUUCCUGCCAGUAUGGUUAAUGAUCAAUUUGGCAUCGUCGGUCUGCUGACGUUCAUCAGGGCGGCGGAGACGGAUCCUGACCUGGUGUCGUUGGCGCUCGGGCAGGAUUUGACGGCGUUAGGACUGAAUCUCAACUCGCCAGAGAACCUUUACCCCAGUUUUGGUGGACCUUGGGCGGAAUACCCCUGCAGGCCUCAAGACCUUGAUUUUAACGUUCCUCCCGAGUACAUUAUCAAUCACGCCAUCAGGGAUAAACUAGCAUCAUUGAAGUUGAGCCGAUAUAAAGAUGAUUUACUGUUUUUCAUAUUUUAUAACAACGUUGGUGAAGUACUUCAAAUGAUGGCAGCUAGUGAACUAUAUUCAAGAGAGUGGAGGUAUCACAUAGAGGAAAAAGUUUGGAUAACGCAAGUUCCGGGCAUGGUCUUGAUAGAGAAAACUUCUACGUACGAACGUGGUACUUACUACUUCUUUGACGCGCAAAACUGGCGGAAAGUCGCGAAGGAGUUCCAUCUAGAAUACAACAAACUCGAAAGUAGGCCAUCCUCAAAUUUCAGCAGCCACAUAUACGGAUGAAUGGCUGAUUUUCCAUGACUCUGCCCAAUAUAAAUAAAUGAAAUGUGUAUAAAUGAUAUGCAUUAAUUCGUUAGUGAUAAGAAAUGUGGCUGUAAUGGAACAACCACACUAUGAUUGUUCCAUUACGGAAUUGGAUAAGUAUUAAAUUGAAAGGAGUUAAAGUUGAAUAUCUAUACACGUUUUCAUUUUAUUUGUAAAUUAACUGUAAAAUAUUAAUAAAUAAUGAUAUGAUUACUUA